CUGCGGAUAGCUGUUGCGAUGACUUCACCGGACGACGGAACCGUUUCACGGCGACGUCGGCAAGGCUGAGACCGUCGCACGUGAGCAGUCUCGCAAUUUCCGCCCGAGCUUGGCCUUAUCUUCUUCCUUUUUGAAUUGCUCACAGUGUGCCUGAACGAUCACCAUGGACGCACAGAAAGAUAUAUAUGUAACGAGUCUUUAGGUAUUCUCGUCCCUCUCUUGUAGCCCUUUUCCCUCAUCGUUCCUUUCCUCGGGAGUCAUCAAAGUCUCCAAAUUUCAAGCCAUGCUCGCUACACGUUUCCUCCGCACAGCUCCCAAACACCAGCUCAGUCAGCCACAUGUACACAAAUACCCUCAACCCAUCCUUUACCAACUCCAACAUGAUCGACCCCAUCCUUCCAAUUUAAUUGUCUCUCGCGCUUUUAGCCAACCCGUCUCUAAACGACAAGAUGCAUCCUCAUCACACAAGUCCACGCCUCAAUCCCCAAAACCAAGACCGGCAUCGGGGAGCCAGGGGGUACUGCCAAAUCUCAACCUAAUAGAACUGAUAGGUGGCAACCGUGCUGUAUACUACACGGUCCUCGUCAUCUUAUCGAUUUUUGGUACGAUCGAAUCGAUUUUCUGGAUCAAAGUCAUCUAUGCCAAAUUCUUUGCAGCCGAGGAAGAGGAUGAGGGCGAGGAGAAGGAGGGAAGUUAGGAUCACGAGUGUGGCUGGUUUUGGGAAUCGCCAAGUCGUACUUUGUGCAUGAUGUCCCAAUUAUUUUCGUGCUGGAGAGACUUUAGCGAGGAAUUAAGGUCUAUCUCCUUUUUCGCUACCUGUGUUCCUAUCUUGGACCACUGGUUCACAACUGCUAUCCCCCUUUGUAUCACCCAAAUGAGUGAGCUCCCAUCAU